AUGGUUGGAUGUCGCACAAAUUGUAUAGAGAGACCACUCUCUCAGGGAUUCCAGCAACUUGGAAUAAUAGUUGCUAGAUACCCCUGGUGGUUUUUAUGUAUUCCCUUUAUUAUAUCUGCAGGACUCGGUGCUGGUUUUUAUUUUUUACCACAAAGACAAGCUAAUAAUAUAGAAAAACAGUUCACACCCAUUGGAGGUCCAGCUAAAACCGAACGAGACUUUAUCAAGAAGCAUUUCCCAACGAAUGACUCUGGACAUUUUUCUCCUCAGAGGCUCUAUACGGAAGGAUCUUUUGUCUCACUGAUUGCAGUCAGUUUAUCUGAUAAUAUAUUGCAUGUAAAUGCAUUCAGGGAACUUCUGCUGUUGGAUGAGAUGGUGAGAAGUUUGAAUAUCACAAGGUCAGAACAAGGACACAAUGUUAACCUAUCUUUCCAACAGCUGUGCGCAGAGGUCCAAGGCCCUCGUUGUUUCCCACCAAAUCCUCUGGUAGCUGCAGUACAAGAUAACCCCGAUCAGAUAGAGAUACUAAAUGUGACUUAUCCAUUGUUCCAAAAUGGAACAUUCCUAGGAAUGUAUGUCGGAGGUGUCACAUUGGGACCAGAACACACCGUGCAGAAAGCCCUUGCUAUCAGAUUGGUGUACUAUAUCAGAGAGGACAGUGAUCAGGACAGGCAUAACAGCUUACUAUGGAUCAACCACUUCAUUACAUCCAUCCCAUUAAAAAUAAACAAUUUGAAACUAAAACAUAUACAGGUGUCCUAUUAUACAUCUGUAUCAAUGCAGCAGGAAUUUGAAGUGACCACACGAUCUGUUAUCCCUCUGUACUCAGUUACCUACUUCCUAACAAUAUUUUUUUCCAUCACAACGUGCACAAGAUUUGACUGUGUGAGAAACAAAGUGUGGGUCGCCUCAUUUGGAGUCAUUACAUCUGGCUUAGCCGUCCUGAGCAGUUUUGGGUUACUGUUACUUUGUGGGGUCCCAUUUGUUGUUACUGCAGCCAAUGCCCCAUUUCUUAUUUUAGGUGUUGGGGUGGAUGAUAUGUUCAUCAUGAUUUCAAGCUGGCAGCAGACAGACGUUAUGAGUUCGGUUGAAAAACGAAUGGCGAACACAUAUAAAGAAGCCGCGGUGUCCAUCACUAUAACAACUCUCACAGAUGUCCUUGCAUUUUACAUAGGAAUUAUGACAACUUUUGGCUCAGUGCAGUCCUUCUGUAUUUAUACUGGAACUGCCAUAUUGUUUUGUUUUAUCUAUAACAUAACCUGUUUUGGAGCUUUCUUGUCUCUCCAUGGCAGACGAGAAGAGAGUAAUAGGCAUUGGUUUACUUGCAUAAAGGUAAAGAAACCUGGUGAUGGUGAGGGGUUUUCUCUAUACAGAGCAUGUUGUGUUGGGGGAGAAUAUGACAGGGAGACAAGUAAAGAGAUAGAACAUCCAGUUACUGGCUUUUUCCGUAAUAAGUAUGGACCUUUCAUUACAAACAUCUGGACCAAGGCGUUCAUUAUAGCAUUGUAUUUUGUGUAUGUAGCCAGCAGCCUGUAUGGCUGUUUUCAAGUGCAGGAAGGAAUUGAUUUACGCAAUUUGGCCACCGACAGUUCUUAUGUAAUUCCAUUUUAUGAUAAAGAAGAUGCAUACUUUUCAAUAUUCGGUCCAAGAGUUAUGGUUGCCAUUACAGAAGAAACCUCAUAUUGGGAUUCUAGCGUUCGUAGUAAAAUAGAAACUUGCAUGGAGGCAUUUGAAAAUAACUCAUUUGUCAACAAAAGUUUUUCUGAAUCAUGGUUGAGAGUCUACGAAAAAUUUAAACCGGGUAUAGAUGACAAAAAUGAUUUCAUUGCAAAUUUAACUGAGUUAUUCAGGGCUUUCCCAAACUAUGAACAAGAUCUAUAUAUUAACUCAAACACCAUAAAAGCCUCUCGUUUUUUCAUCCAGACUGUUAAUGUAAUUACCGCAGUUGAUGAGAAAGAUAUGUUAAACCAACUCCGUGAAAUAGCUAAGUCCUGUGAAGUUCCAGUACUGGUAUAUAACCCGAUAUUUAUAUAUUUUGACCAAUACGCAGUUAUUGUCCAGAACACUGUACAAAAUAUCCUUGUUGCUGCUGCUGCUAUGUUUGUUAUCUCAAUACUUUUAAUUCCAAACCCACUUUGUGUACUCUGGGUGACUUUUGCAAUCGCCUCCAUCAUUGUUGGUGUCACUGGUUUCAUGGCUUACUGGCAGGUAAACCUGGAUUCUAUAUCAAUGAUCAACCUUGUUAUAUGUAUUGGGUUCUCGGUUGACUUUUCAGCUCACAUUUCAUACGCUUAUGUUUCUAAUGGUAGCCCAAAAGCUAACAGUAGAGUAGCAGAUGCUUUGCAUUCAUUGGGUUACCCCAUUUUACAGGGAGGUUUAUCAACUAUCUUGGGCGUCGUUGUCCUUUCAACAGCAGAAAGUUACAUCUUUAGAACAUUUUUCAAGAUCAUAUUCCUUGUUAUCACAUUUGGGAUGCUCCAUGGCUUGGUUUUUCUUCCAGUGUUUUUAACCCUCUUUGGAAAUUGUGAUAGGAAAUGCAGAGACAAUGCAACAGGGAACAAUUCAAAUAACAUUUACGCAGACGCCACCAAUGAAUCAAAUAGUACUAAGUGUUCAGAUUUACAACCACGCGCAAAGGACAAUGGCAGCCAUAUCAAUUAA